AUGGAUAAUCGAGAAGAAUUCCAAACUAGAGUAGACGUUCCACUUCGUGAAUAUGAUAGCCGUCAGAAGGCCCCUCGUCGUGCAACAGCUCCUGUUCCAAAAAGGUCAAAUCUUCUAAAUUCUUCAGAUUCAUAUGCAGCUUGCUACUUUAGAGACAAUCCUGAAGUUCAAAUUGAUCUUUCUGAUCCAAAAACCAAACUUGAAGAGUUUGAAAAAGAACUUGCCAGUUCAGAAUUAGAUGAAGCUACAAGAUUCCAAAUUUUAAUCAGAGAAAAGUCAAUGAUAUAUUUAAUUUAUGACGAAAAUUCACCAGAAGCAUUCAGAAUUCAUGCUAGACUUGGUGCAUUUUAUAACGAAACACAUCGUCCACAAAGUGCAUUAAGACAUCUCAAAAUAGCCCAUGAUAUCUCUACAAAGAAUAAAUCUAUCAAUCCUAAUGAACUUAUACUUGUUGCAGUUGAUAGCGCUGAAUCACAUCUUGCUUUACGAAAUGACAACAAGCAAGAAAGCCAAAAACACAUUUCUCAAGCUAACGAUUGCCUCAAACAAAUACAUGAAUACCAAAUUGAUGAUUUAGACCUUAAAUACCGUUGCGAACUCGUUACAGCAAGAGUUACUUCUGCUGGAAAGCAUCCAGAGAAAUCUUUUACUCUAUAUGAGCAAGCGAUGAAUACUCUCCGUGAAAUUAAUGGAGAUCAAAUCGAUAAACAGACUUUGGCGAAAUUAUACGUCGAAAUGUCGGAAGUCGCAGAAAAGAUGAACGAUGAUGCUAGAAAAUCCGAAUAUGCUGGAAAUGCUUACGAAAUCUUUAUCCAGCUUGGAAUGUAUGGUUCUGCAAAUAUUGUUCGUGAAAAAGUCAGCGAGGAGAAGAUUAAAGAGUGCCAAGAGAAAUAUUCUCUGGCCGAGUCAUCAGAAGAACCUUCAUUGGAACCAUAUAGUUAUGAAAAUCCAAUUAAUAUUGAAUUACCUCCUGAAGAUACUGAAAAUAACAUGUAA